AGUACCAGAGCAUAAAACAGGCCUACUUUUUCUAGGCCUGGCCUGCCCGUGGCAGGCUUCAAACUUCUACAGCCUGCCUGUGCCUGUCGCUCAUUUUCUGGGCCUGGCCUGCCUACCUGUCGAUUUCGGUUGGCCUACCUGGCCUGCCUGUCGAAGCCUGUGUAUAGCUUUUAUGCGUCAAUACGGUAUAAGGAUUAGCCCUUUGGUUACGGGAUCCACAUUUAUGUCGACUGAGCGUCUACGCAGAUUAUAGUUUUUACAGUCUUCUAUCUUUCUUAGACUAGAAAUUUUUCUCUUUCUCUCAAGCUUUUAGUGUCAAAGCAUCAUUAUAUGACAUCCAUAUGCAUACAUAUUAGUUGAAAACAAAGAAUUAUGGAUUCAGAGGUCUAUGAGAAUUCAUAGAUUCUAAACUCAAAAUCAGCCGCCAUGGUUGAAUGAUUACGUUGUUCUGCACGUACCAGCAAGGUAUUGUGUUCAAACCUCAGUAACAUCACCCAUGGAAUGACCUUGGACAAGUCACUAACGGCUAAGUUGUCUCAAAUGACUCGUUCCACACGAGUCAUUCGUGCUGACUACAUCUUCGGUCAGUAUGUUGGACGGAAGAGGGUGCAGAUACCGCCGUCUGUAAAAAGAAAAGACGAAAGAACCCGGCUGCAUGUGGAAACUAUAAAUAAUAACCGCGGUCGGCCCCAACGGGCGAUAAGCCUAUGGGACGUUAUUAUUAUUAUUAAACUCAAAAUCGUUCAAAGUCGUGUGAAACGAAAACGGAAAUCCGUAAAAUUGCGCAGAAUGCAAGAACUAUUGUUAUCCUGAAGAGUUGCAAGUAUUGCUGAAGCUCUAGUCUUAAGAAAAGCCAGAGCUUCAAUGUUAUAAAAUCUGUUUUAUAAUAUAGAAUCAUAAGAUUAUUCAUGCGGUUACGCGAAGAAUUUCAUGAGUCUUUAGGUCAAUUUACUCGGCUUUGCUACUCCAGAAUUUAAUUGCACUAGUUAAAGCCUGAUACAAUGCAUUGAUUCACUUGGGUGCAUAUACCUUAUUCUCGACUUUGACGAGCAAACUCAAACUUUUCUCCCUAUUUCCAAAAACCCCGUAACGAAAAGGUUAAACGAAACCUCAAAACAGCCGUUCACAGAAAAAAAAAGAAAUAAAUUUAAAUAAGAAUGACAUGAUUAGAUGAAGUGUUUGCUGAUUUAAUACAUAAUGUUUGUAUAUAGAAUACACUUACAAAAUAUACUAAUUUUUACAGAAAAAAAUCUGGUUUUCAAUCAAAGACUUUUUGAAUCGAUCGUACGAAAAGAACAUCAUUUAGAGAGUCAGGAUCGAGUGAAGAACGACGUUGUGUUAUUGUAGAGCCAGCAGAUGAAAAUUGUCGCUCUACUCCAGCAGAUGUAAUAGGGAUAGAAAAGAGACGACGGGCCAGUAGAGCUAAACCGGGAAAUUGUUUGAUGGUCACUCCAGAAUGGUAAUCAAUUGGACUACUUGUACAUGUCCUCAAUGCUCAUUCGUAAAUAUCUUUCAAGUUCAUCAUUUUUUAAUGUGUUUGUUGUUGUUGAAUUGAUAUCAUAAGUGACAUUGUCAUCAUCAACUAUCCUCAUAUAAAAUUAUCGUUAACAACAUUUUAUGAUCAAGAUCGAACUUUUAUCGGAAGUUGAAAAAUUAUGGUAGACAGGCGGCCUGCCUGGCCUGUGUGAGAUUUUGGCCUGGCCUGCCUGGCCUACACCAGGCUUGAAAAUCAUGGCCUGAGCCUGCCUGCCACAGGCAGGCCCAAGCAGGCAGGCAGGCAGGCAGGCCCCAUGGCCUGUUUUAGGCUCUGUAUUGUACUCAAUUAUCUUUGCCUCGUUUACUGACUGAACAAAUUGUAAAUGACUUAUUUUAACUGAGUCAUUGCAAAGUAAAAAUUUUUUCACUGUUCGUUUUUAUUUUCUAGAAAGAAUCAAAUCAAUAUUUAUCCAAAAUUAAUGAAAAUUUUGAAGACCGUGUUGCGGCUAAUGAUCCAGUUUUUAAUGAUAAUAUACUUGUUCAUGAUAUACUUAUGGAUGAUACAAAUACUGAUGGUGCAGAUGCUGGUGGUACAUUAGAUGAUGAUACACUUGUUGAUAAUUAUAUAUUCGAUGACGAUGAUUAUAAUUAUAAAUUCAUAUGA